CCUCAGCCCUCAGCCGCGCUUACAUACACCAGCAGAGUGCCCCUCUGACUGUUGCGCAACUUCUUCAUCACUAUGCACGAUGUUUGCCACGGCUCACGAAAUAUACGCAUAUGAGUAUCCGGCGCUACCACCCGGCCAGUUCCGUCUUGUUAGGCUCCGGAGCCUGCACCGACUGACAUCUAAUGUCGAAAGGCCGUCACCGCAAGAAGCUGCCCUAUGCGCCGAGUUUGUCGAGACCACUUUCGACGAUGCCGUCCCCUACGAAGCAGUGUCGUAUUGCUGGACAGGGCAUCGGCGGGAAAUAUCCUCCGAGGAACGAAAGCAGCUGGGGGUAAUGGAUCGAAGGAUCAUCAUCCAGUCCUCCGAGCACUCGGAUCGCGUCCUCGGCUUCAUUCCCAUCAACAGCUCGCUCGAAACCGCUCUCCAGUAUCUACAGAUACAGACAGACAAGCCUAUAUUCGUGGACCAAAUCUGCAUCAACCAGGCCGAUUUCGCCGAGAAAGCUCACCUCGUUGCACGCAUGGGCGACAUCUACGCCAAGGCCGAUCGGGUGCUGGCCUGGCUUGGUCCCUUGACCUCGGAGGCAGCGGCUUUCAUGUCAUUUAUGCAAGUUCUGGAUCAGGAGACCUCUGUGGCUUUCAAACGCCUGCUGGAGCAUGACUAUGCGACUUUGAACCAAAUCCGGGCAGCUGUAGUUGCGCUCGACCCAGAUACCGUGCCGAUCGCAGACUCCUUAAAGCAAGACCGCGACCAGUUGCGAGAAUUGGCCGUGCGGAUUUGGGAUUCCCUCCCUCUUCGCGGCUUGGAGGAUAUCUACUCGAGGCAGUGGUUUGGCCGGAUGUGGAUCAUCCAGGAGGCAUGCUUACCCCGACACCUGGUAUUCAUCUGCGGGGACAGAACCUGCCACGUCGAUGAUUUCGAGCGGACCGCCUUGCUCUGCCUUCUUGCAGUGCAACUUCAAUGCGGCGCGUGGACGGAAGAGCUCGAAAAGCGCGAAUAUCCAAAGGCCGACGAUUUGAGCUACAUAGUGGCCCUCGUCCGGUUCGCCAACCGCAUAUUGAGUGUACGGCGCACGCUCCAGCGAGAAGGGAUGGACCGCAUUCCGUUGUUCCACAUCGCUACCCGAUUUAAUGUUAGAGACACCGAUGCGGUUGCGCAAACUAGGGCGACCGAUCUCGAUAAAUUCCGGUCCGGUGAUCCGAGGGAUUGUUACUACUCGCUCUUAGGUCUUGCCAAACCGGACGAGGUAACGCUGAAACAGGUUGUGGUCGACUACAGUCGUCCUACUUGGCAAGUAUACACAGACUACGCUGCCGCCGUGGUCCAGGACUAUGCCGAUGUCCUGCUCUUUUCUCAGAACAGAUGCAAACGCAUAGAAGGACUUCCAUCGUGGGUGCCUGAUUUGAGCUCCGAGCUCCAUGCUCCGUAUGGAUACCUCAACUCCAACACUCCGCUAUUCAGCGCCGGUGUUAGCAAGGACGGGACGCCGCGGAAGGAGACCAAAGGCGUUGGCGUGGACGGGACGACCUUGGUGAUACCCGGUUAUCAGGUUGAUGUAGUAGAACGCGCUGGGAUUUACGUGUAUAAGAUGGCAGCUUCUGAAGGGGACAUCCCGACAUCGCAGUCAUUACACUAUUUCCUAUCCGAAAUUUCUCUUUUCUGCAACCUAGCGCUUAAGAAGGAAAAUCCGCCAACAAUAUCCACCGGUUGCAGGGAUGAGGUGGCCUGGUUGCUAUCUUCCGGCGGUCGCGGUAUGUCUCCGGUGCCACACCAACCCCCAAGCAGCCGCUUCGGUCCCGAGAUCAAAGGGCAACGACUCCUCGGCGCAAUCCACGAGAUCGCCAAGCAGCAAUUUGCCCGUCACACCAGAGUUUUAGAGCGCAGCGCGUUUGCAGAGCGCAUGGGAGCCAUCGAAGAACCACUCCUCAGCAAAUGGAAGGAACGCCAGGGCCUUUAUUACAGCCUGCAGAACUGGUUAGGAAUCGGCAACGGCUGGGAGGAACACGAGUUCUACACAAAAUACAACUCCUGGUAUCGUCAAUUCGGGGAAUACGAGGGUCCAAGCGAGCCGGAAGAUGGGGCGAAUCUUGACCCCGAGGUCCGAGAAGCGGCGCUGCUGGCGAAGGGGUCAUAUUAUUUGGCCCUGGACAGGCAGGUGGGCCGAAGGUGCUUUAUCACCCGUGACGGCUAUUUGGGCCUUGGUCCGGAGGAGAUGCAAGCUGGCGAUGUUGUUGGCGUCUUGAAAGGAGUAUCGGUGCCGGUGGUCUUGAGGCCUAGUGUACGUAGUAGCGAGGAGGGCCAUUUUACGUAUGUGGGAGAGGCAUACUGCCAUGGUAUUAUGGAUGGGGAGCUGCUGGGAGCACUUGGUGGGAGAACGCCUUUGGCGUUUAGAAUUGCGUGAAAUCGCUAGAAGGAGCAAGAGGAGUCUGGUCCCUCUGAAGAGAGAGUGGCACUCUAGUAUUAUAUUAUGGAACGUACAAAUCUGAGCUUCCUGG